AUGAAGGAAGAGUUUGAGAAAACUAAGGAAGAGCUUGCAAAGUCUGAGGCAAAGAGGAAGGAGCUGGAGGAGAAAAUGGUGAAACUGGUGCAGGAGAAAAAUGAUCUGCAGCUCCAAGUGCAGGCUGAAGCUGAUGCUUUGGCUGAUGCUGAGGAAAGAUGCGACCAGCUCAUCAAAACCAAAAUCCAGCUGGAAGCCAAAGUAAAGGAGGUGACUGAAAGGGCUGAGGAUGAGGAAGAAAUUAAUGCUGAGCUGACAGCCAAGAAGAGAAAACUGGAGGAUGAAUGUUCAGAGCUGAAGAAAGAUAUUGACGACCUUGAGUUAACAUUGGCCAAGGUUGAGAAGGAAAAACAUGCCACUGAAAACAAGGUGAAAAACCUCACAGAGGAGAUGGCAGCCUUGGACGAGACCAUUGCCAAGCUGACAAAAGAGAAGAAAGCCCUCCAAGAGGCCCACCAGCAGACCCUGGAUGACCUGCAGGUAGAAGAGGACAAAGUCAAUACGCUGACCAAAGCUAAAACCAAGCUGGAGCAGCAAGUGGAUGAUCUGGAAGGGUCCCUGGAGCAAGAGAAGAAACUGCGCAUGGACCUUGAAAGAUCUAAGAGGAAACUCGAAGGAGACUUGAAGCUGGCCAACGACAGCAUAAUGGAUUUGGAGAAUGAUAAGCAGCAGCUGGAUGAGAAGCUGAAGAAGAAAGACUUUGAAAUCAGCCAGAUCCAGAGCAAAAUCGAGGAUGAGCAAGCCCUGGGCAUGCAAUUACAGAAGAAGAUCAAGGAGCUGCAGGCCCGUAUAGAGGAACUGGAGGAGGAAAUUGAGGCCGAGCGAACCUCUCGGGCAAAAGCCGAGAAGCAUCGGGCUGACCUCUCCAGGGAGCUAGAGGAGAUCAGCGAGCACUUGGAGGAAGCAGGAGGGGCUACAGCAGCUCAGAUUGAGAUGAACAAGAAGCGUGAGGCAGAAUUUCAGAAGAUGCGUCGUGACCUCGAAGAGGCCACGCUGCAGCAUGAAGCCACGGCUGCCGCCCUGCGGAAGAAACACGCGGACAGCACAGCGGAGCUUGGGGAGCAGAUCGACAACCUGCAACGAGUGAAGCAGAAGCUGGAGAAGGAGAAGAGUGAGCUGAAGAUGGAGAUUGACGACCUGGCCAGUAACAUGGAGUCUGUCUCCAAAGCCAAGGCAAAUCUGGAGAAGAUGUGUCGCACUCUGGAAGACCAGCUGAGUGAGAUUAAGACAAAGGAAGAAGAGCAUCAGCGCAUGAUCAAUGACCUCAGUGCUCAAAGAUCUCGUCUGCAGACAGAAUCAGGUGAAUAUUCACGCCAGGUGGAGGAGAAGGAUGCUCUGAUUUCUCAGCUGUCAAGAGGCAAGCAGGCAUUCACCCAACAGAUUGAGGAACUCAAGAGGCACUUAGAGGAAGAGAUAAAGGCCAAGAAUGCCCUGGCCCACGCCUUGCAGUCUGCUCGCCACGACUGUGACCUGCUCCGGGAACAGUAUGAGGAGGAGCAGGAAGCCAAGGGGGAGCUGCAGCGUGCCCUGUCCAAGGCCAACAGCGAAGUGGCCCAGUGGAGAACCAAAUACGAGACAGAUGCUAUUCAGCGCACGGAGGAGCUGGAGGAGGCCAA